AUGUCUAGGUCAAAGCUGGUUUCUAUGCCUUUAGCCAGCCACUUCAUGUUGAAUAAAGCCCAAUGUCCAAAAACUGAUGCUGAAUUGAUUAAAAUGGAGUCUGUACCAUAUGCUAAUGCUAUAGGAUCUGUUAUGUAUGCAAUGAUUAGUACUAGGCUUGAUUUUUCAUUUGCCAUAUCCAUGUUAAGUAGAUUUAUGUCCAAUCCUGGGGCUGAACAUUGGACUACUUUAAAAUGGGUGAUUAAAUACAUUAACAAUACACUAUGGGUUGGAUUAGAAUAUGGAAAAAAGGGUACUUCACUUGAUUUGGUUGGUUUUGUAGAUUCUGACUUUGCAGUUGAUAAAAACACAAGGAAAUCCACCACUUCUUACUACUUUACCCUUAGAGGAAACUACAUAAGCUGGAAAUCACAACUGCAACCCAUUGUGGCUCUCUCAUCGACAGAAGUCGAGUACAUUGCAAUUGCAAAAUGCGAAUGUGUUCAAGGAGGCAGUAUGGUUAAAGGGAAUCCUAUCAGAGGCAACUUUGAUAGAUGGAAAGGUGACAAUCUACUCAGAUAG